AUAUGGCGGAAAAUUUGAUCUGUCAAGAAUUGAAAUAUUUAGAAAGGGCUAUUAAGACAUCAAAUUUGAACCAAACAGAUUUGAAGACAGACCAGUUUAACGUUAUUAGUAUAAAUAGAUAUAUUAUAGAUCCUGCAUUCACUGGUCAAACUGAUAUUGAUACUACUACACAUACUGAUGCUUUUGAUAUAACUUUAUCUGAUCAAAAUAAUAAAUUAAAAGUUAUUAUAGAUUCUAGUUUAAACUAUCUAAUACAAAAUCACCUGUUACACGUUGGAAGUGCUGUCAUCUUAAACGAAUGUUCUUUAAAAUAUGAUGAAGCUGAUUUAGAUUCUGAGUGUUUAAUUAUAGUUCAAGGGAUAGAAAUUGUUGAUGAAGUAGAAGUAUGUGAAGAUCAAACAAGAGAUCUUGAAUGGUGGCCAGAUACAAACUUAAAACAAAGAGAAAAUAUACCAUUAGCAUCUAACAGACGAUAUUAUGUUGAUGUAUGGACAACUGGCCAUGUUGACAAAACAACUCUCCUAUCUUGUUCAGUACCAGACGAGGAAGAAGAUUUUCGAGAAAUAUCACAAGAUUACAAUCUGUUAUGUGGUAUCAAAGAUGUUUAUAAAAAGUGGAAGUCAUUUCAAGGAACCAAACCUGCCAUCAUCGUUAAAGUAUUAAAAAUAUCCCGUUUAUAUCACUAUGGUAAACCAAUCAAAUCGGACAAGUGGCCAUUCCAGCUUCACAUAUUAAUUGGUGAUGAAACUGGUUGUUGUACUGCUGUCUUGUGGAAUGUUCUAGCUGUCAGAUAUUUAAAUGUGUUAAAAGAAGGAACAUGUUUACUUUUGCAAAAUUUUAAAAUAAAGAGAAGUUUCCAUGGGGCUUCACGAUUUAAUGUUGGCAGAGACUAUGGGGAACUAUUUGAAGUUGAUGUUAAUUUAAAUCCACAAAAUCCUGCAUCUGUUGUUAAAAUUUUACAAGAAUCAUCACUGGAUAAUAUACCACCAUUACAGUAUAACUUUAUUACUAGAUCACAACUUAGGUCUGUAUGUGAUGGUGUUAUGUGUGAUGUUGUUGGUUAUAUCCAGUUUGUGGGAAGAGUUGAAAGAGAAAAAAUGAAAAAUAGAAUAGAAGGUGAUGGUGGAUGUUAUUGGAUAUAUAGAUGGUUACAUAUAAUAGAUCAUUCUAGUAAUAAACCUAUAAUAAUACAACUUUAUAAACCUAAUCAGAGUGAUAUAUUUGAUACUGUAAAACCUGGACAAGUUGUUAUUUGUCGUCAUCUACGGGUCAUGCAAUACUUACAUACAUUAGAACAUUCACGACAGGCUAGACAUCUGUAUCUAUCAUCUUCUUCAGAAACACAGAUGGUUGUAUAUAGACGUGAAGAUUUACCUAGAAUGGAUGACCGUUUACAGAAUGAAGAUGUUGUGAGAGAGUUUAAUGAUUGGUUUUAUCAAACACAAGAUGAUAUAGAUGGUAAAUACGGUGGUUAUUUUAUAUAUCCACCAUUACCAAAUACAUUACAAACUUUUAAACAAUUACAUCCAGAUAUAGAGAUUAUUAACAGCGGAUUGUGGGAGAAAACUGUAUGCAAUAUGGUAUAUAAACAUCACAGGAGAAUUUAUAUACAAGCUUUAUUAGCACAUAUUAAAUUUAUUAGAAUAAAUGAAUCCGUUCCAUCAUCACCUAGUAAAAUUGGAAAAAAUUCCAACAACAAAGAGUCUAUGGGAAAAAAUGUUCAAGAGAAAGAAGAACAGAUAGUAAAUGGAGAAUGGGCAAAGAGUAGAGAUACGUUCAAACAUGUAGGUGUUACAGAUCAACAUCAGAUUCAACAGAUGUUUCCUUUAUCAUAUGAUCCUGAUAAUAAUAGUUUAUCACGAAUAAAUCUACCUUCUAAUACAUAUAAUCACACAGAUAUCUCAUGUCCCGAAUAUUGUAAGGUGAAUUAUUUUGAAAUUACGUGGCUUGGAUUAAAUAGUAAAGUUGAUCUAACCUCAGUUAAAGUGUGUAAUUCAUUGAAUAAAGACACAAGUAUUAGUGACAUAUUAAUUGGUUGUAGACAGCCUGUUAUAAGUGAUGAAUUCUGUUAUGAAGAUGUUACUUCAGUCUUAAACAGUACAGCAACAGUUAAAGAUACUAGAUAUCUAGUUGUUUUAGAUUUAUAUUGCCAUGAUUUUAAUAAUAUUGAAAUAGUUUUAAAUGGAGCUUUUCCAGUCUGACAUAAAAUAGAAAAAAUGUUG